AGUUUUGAAUCUUUUGGAUUAUUUGUCUUAUGGGUAACAAGCAAAGCCGAGAUAAUGCAGGAUCAAGUAAUGGCAGCGGUAAAGGGGCACCUUCGUCAUCCACGCCUUCCAAAACGUCUUCGGCGGCUACUAGGCAAUUACGAAAGAUUCUUCCUUCUAAGAAGCACAACGAAUCUCUGCAAAAGCAAAUGAGUAAGCCCAUGAUGUCUGUGAAUGUACAUGGGUUCCUCACGUUUGAUGAGAAGGGUGAAGCUACGGACGAACGAGUGAUUACUAUUGAAUUCCCCAAGCCUGCUGCUGAUCUUUCAUGUGGAUGGUUGGUGGACCAAGCCCAACAGCAGUUCCGGGAAUUGGGUGCACCUGGUCAUCUUGUUGGGCUCAAGGAGUUUGGAGAUAAGGCCGAUCAGGAAGCCAAGGAUACAUGGUUGAUGGACUUUAGACGACCACUUACUUGCUUGAGACCGAACGAGGAUCUAGAGGCUAUCUUUAGUGUAGAGGACCUAGGAGCCUCUUCCUACGUUUCGAAGGCUACUCUAACAGAUUUUGAGUUCCUCAAGGUUAUUGGCGAUGGAGCAAGUUGUUCUGUGAUUUUGGUUCGUCGUCGGGAUAACGGUAAAUUAUAUGCCGUAAAGAUGAUGACUAAAGAGAGGAUUCUUUCCAAUAAUAAGAGGAUGGAGCGUGCCAUGAUGGAGCGUAAAGUAUUGGCUAAGGCCAGGCAUCCCUUUAUAGUUACUAUGUAUUGGGCUUUCCAAACACGUUCUCACCUAUACUUCGUCCUCGAGUUCUGUGCUGGAGGAGAGCUAUUCUAUCACAUGAUGCAGCGAGGCCAUUUUGAUGAGUCAACUGCCAAGUUCUACUUUUGUGAAGUCCUUCUUGGUCUGGAGUACCUGCAUUCUCAGAAUGUGUUAUAUAGAGAUUUGAAACCAGAGAAUGUCUUGUUGGACUUGGAUGGCCAUGUGCGGCUAACUGAUUUCGGCCUGUCUAAGGAAAGCAAAGCAGAUCCAGCCUCGCAAUUAACGUCUUUCGUGGGCACUGCUGGGUACCUUAGUCCCGAGAUGAUCAAGCGAGAAGGUGGUCAUGGGAAGCCGUUGGAUUUCUAUUGCCUUGGGUGUCUACUUUACGUUAUGCUAACUGGUAGCCUCCCACACUUCCAAGGCAAUUGGGAUGAAAUGUUCGCUCGAAGAGUCACGGGCGAGAGCCUCACGUACCCACCAUGGGUAUCUGCUGCAGCACGAGACAUGUGUGAUAGGCUCUUAGAGGCCGAUCCUAAGACGAGGCUUGGAUCUAGGAAAGGAGCUAGAGAGAUCAAGGAUCAUCCCUGGGUUAAGAGUAUGGAUUGGGAAAAGCUUUUCCGGAAACAGAUCAAGCCACCAAUCGAUCCUAGCAAAACUAAGAAGAAUUUCUCUCCCGAGUUCACAACAAAGCCUGUCGAGGCUGUUAAGGCACGGGCUGUCAAAGGAGCUGCUGUGGCAGCACCUAAGGUCAAGGAGGGUGCAUUCCAAGGGUGGAGUUACAUCGAAGGGCCACCGAAUAGCUCUGAACCUGGAAUGCCUCCGACCAUCAGGGAGUGAACUAUUCCAAUAUCUGUUGUACACAUGCGAGAAGUUCUCCUACUCAAGAUUUUAGUAUAUCCAGUUUCUCUAUUAUUGCAUAGUUGAUCUGGACUUAC